UUCAGCCCAGUUGGCAAAAGCAAAGUUCACUCACUCAACAUACAUACAUAAAUUUGUCCAGGAUAUCAACAAACAGCUGCUAGAGGACUCAUUGUUUUCUAGCAAUGAAGGAAUUUGAAAGUAUUCAUGAUUUCUUUAAAGGAAAGACCAUAUUGGUUACAGGUGCAACGGGAUUCCUAGGAAAAGUUUUUGUGGAGAAGAUAUUGAGAGUUCAACCAAACAUAAAAAAGUUAUACAUUCUUCUGAGAGCAUCAAAUCCUUAUUUAGCUACCCAACGCUUGCACAAUGAGGUGAUUAACUGAUUAUGAAGGACUUAUUCAGGGUUCUACGAGAUAAAUUGGGUGCGGAUUUUGAUUCUUUUAUAUCAAAGAAAGUUGUUGCAGUUGCUGGUGAUGUUUCUAGAGUGAAUUUGGGACUUGAUCAAGACAAAAAUCUGAAAGAUGAGGUGUUGGAAGAGUUAGAUGUUAUAGUACACACUGCUGCCGCUACCACUUUUGAUGAGAGAUAUGAUAUUGCAAUGGGCACUAAUACAAUGGGAGCUUUCAAUGUUGUUAACUUUGUUAAGAAUUGUCAUAAACUGAAGAUUCUUCUCCAUGUAUCCACUGCUUACGUGUGUGGGGAGAAAGGAGGGCUGAUAGUUGAGGAACCCUUACAUAUUGGUCAGAUGAAAAAAGGAUCCUCAAAUUUAGAUAUCUUCUUAGAAAAGCAGAUGAUUGAGGAAAAACUUAAGGAGCUCCGAGCACAUAACGCGAAUGAGGGAACAAUUAAAUCAGUGAUGCAAAGUUUUGGACUUCUGAGGGCAAAGAUGCAUGGUUGGCCAAAUACCUACGUAUUUACAAAAUCAAUGGCUGAAAUGCUUUUAGUGAAAAUGAAAGAUACUUUGUCUCUACCAUUAAUCAUCAUACGCCCCACUAUGAUUCUCGGCACAUACUCAGAACCUUUCCCGGGUUGGGUUGAAGGUGUCAGAACUAUAGACUUCGUGGUUGCUAAGUAUGGUAAUGGAACGAUGACAAGCUUUGUUGGGAAACCAGAAAUAAUUUUAGAUGUGUGGUGAAUUUCAUGAUAGUAGCAUUGGUGGCGGCUAAUUCCAAGCAUCUAUCUCAUCAUUUGGUGUCUCAUAUUGGAUCUUCAUUGAGAAAUCCUUUCAAAAUUUCUGAUCUUCUAGACUUGAUGCUUUGUUACUUCACGAAAAAUCCAUGCAUUAACAAAUAUGGAAAACCAAUAACUCUCACCAAGAAACUAACUUUGUUCUCUGCUAGUGAGGAUUAUGAUCAGUUCAGGCGCCAGAAUAAGGUACUUUAAUUUUCCCUUAAGAUUUAGUAUUAUUCAUAGUGCUCAUGAUUCAAGUCAUUGAAUGAAAAUUUUACUUAAAAUGACGUUGCUUUGCUAUCUUUGUACUAAUUGUUACUUUAUGUUUGAUUGACUUGCAAGGGAUCGAAGUUGAUGAAAAAUGUAGAUUUAUACAGACCUUAUUUUCUCUUUGACGGCAUAUUUAAUGUCAAGAACGCAGAAAGUUUGAGAAUGGUAACAGAGGGAGUUGCUGGCAUGGAUGACAAAUUUAGCUUUGAUCCAAAUAAC